AUGGCAAGACUCACUGAUAAUGCCGACUAUGAUGCCGGUGAAACGUCUGCGAAUGCACCAAGUAAACGGUCCGAAGCUGGGAAUUAUGAUAGCUACUAUAGCAGAGGACGUCGGGCCAGGUACGUCCAACUGAACCUUUCUGACAAUACGAGCAAGUUGCGAAAACGAGAAUAUGACCCCGCGGUGAUUCGUGACUAUUACCCUUUGCCCUAUAUGCAAACGCGCUAUCAGAUGCCACUUCGCCGCGCCAUAAAGAACCACUGGACUCACUUUUGGCGGAGCUCCGACUACCCUAGUUCCAUAGAAAGGAAUAAAUCUUCUUGGGGGGCACAUUCGCUGGCCAUGAAUCAUUCAAAGCCUCAAGCAUCAAUGGGUAGUUCUGGUGCUGUAGAUGAUAGUUCUCUUCUAAUUCCCUCGCGUGAAAUUGAGAAUAAAACAUGA